AUGCUUUCAAGAAACUCAACCACACCACAACUCACCACCACUAUUACUGUCGUGAUCGACCGAGGAUUGCGCACCUAUUUGGCGAUGAUAUGGCCGCUUUUUGCGAAUCACCUAGAUGAUGCGGCUGAUGUGGUCCGACAUCGACUCAUUGCCGCCGCUGCCGGACGACGCCUUCGACGUGGAAGGCUGAUCAAAGGACUUGGAGAGCGACGAAGCUAA